UGGCACAUUAAAAACUUCAGCUGGGUAGUUGCUCACUAGUUUCACCGCUAUAAAUCCACAUGCUUUCAAGCCACAGCUCCUCAAACUCAUUUCUUCUUUGGUGUAGUCUCGCCAUAUUGCUACCACCUUAGACUCUCGCUUGUGUUUGCUUCAGACCAGCUAGAAAUGGCAAGUGAAAGGGAACUAAAUGGGGAUCACAUUGAUCAAGUACGUCAAGGAAGAAACUUCUUGUCAUCCUUCAGACUCAGAUAUGUUAAGAUUGGUUAUCACUAUUUAAUCUCCAACUCUCUAUAUCUCCUGCUUAUUUUUCUCCCUUUUAUUGUCUUGAGCCAUCUAUCAACACUAACCAUUGAUGGAGUCCUUCAGCUGUGGAACAACCAUUCAGUGACUGUAGUUUUAUCUUCUAUUUCUUGCGUUUUCAUAAUUACCAUUUACAUGAUGACUCGUCCGAGAAUAGUUUACUUGGUGGACUUCGCAUGUUACAAGCCUGAACCAGCUCGGAUGUGCACUAAAGAACAUUUCUUGACGUUAUGUGAACAAACUGGGAAAUACACAGAAGCAAGUUUAGCUUUUAAAAAGAAAAUCCUGGAGAGAUCAGGGGUUGGGCAGAUGACUUACGGCCCAAAAGCCUUGAUGGAGAUCCCUCAAACCCAGUCUCUGGUGGAGGCAAGGAAGGAGACAGAAACCAUCAUAGUUGGAGCAAUCGACGAGCUCUUUGCAAAAACUGGAGUGAGCCCUGCAGAGAUAAGUAUUCUGGUGGUGAAUAGUAGCUUGUUUAAUCCAAUACCAUCCUUAUCAGCUAUGGUAGUCAACCGCUAUAAGCUCAGAAGGAAUAUUUUGAGCUACAAUCUUGGCGGCAUGGGCUGCAGUGCAGGACUUAUCUCUAUUGAGCUCGCCAAAAAACUUUUACAGGUGCACCCAAAUUCCUGUGCUCUAGUUGUGAGCACAGAGAACAUCACUAGGAACUGGUAUCCUGGCAAUGACCGAUCGAUGCUUGUCACCAACUGCUUAUUUCGAGUGGGUGGGGCUGCCAUCCUCCUGUCCAACCGACCAUCGGAUCGCCGUCGCUCCAAAUAUCAACUACUUCACACCCUUCGCACCCACAGAGGUGCCGACGAUAGAAGUUAUAACUGUGUGUUACAGCAGGAGGAUGAGACCGAGAAAAUUGGAGUCACCCUCUCAAAAGACCUCAUGGCUGUUGCAGGAGAAGCCCUUCAAACAAACAUCACUAAACUCGGGCCAUUAGUUCUUCCAAUGUCAGAGCAGUUUUUAUUCCUUGCAACUUUAGUUGCUAAAAAGCUUUUUAAAAUGAAGAUUAAGCCAUACAUUCCAGAUUUCAAGUUGGCCUUCGAACAUUUCUGUGUUCAUGCAGGAGGAAGAGCAGUGUUGGAUGAACUAGAGAAACGCCUUGAACUUACUGAGUGGCAUAUGGAGCCUUCAAGAAUGACUCUUUACAGAUUUGGGAAUACGUCAAGUAGUUCUUUGUGGUAUGAACUGGCUUAUUCUGAGGCCAUGGGGAGGGUGAAGAAAGGUGAUCGGACUUGGCAGAUUGCAUUUGGUUCAGGAUUCAAGUGUAACAGCGCUGUAUGGAGGGCAUUGAAGACCAUCAAACCCACCAAGGGAAAAAAUCCAUGGAUGGAUGAAAUUGAUAAAUUUCCUGUUCUAGUACCGAAAUUUGCCUCAAUUUCUUUCUAAAUUAAUGUUAGCUUCAGCUAUAUCAGAAGGGACAGUAUGUGCCAACUACUUUUAAUGUUUAAGAUCCUUAAGGUCUGUGUUAACUUACAUGGUUGAAUUGAAGUUAUAGCCAUGAGCAUGUGGAAGUCUGGGCCUCAUCAAUGUUCAAUAUUACCUAAAUAUCUUCUUUUUUAUUAUUAUUUUCAUUUUUAUGAA